UACUCAUUCUCCUGUCAGCUUUCGAGCGAGUCGCACGCGUUUUCAGAGUGCUCUGGUGGUAAAUCGAUUUCCGACUUGGUGUGUUCAGUGGUUUGCAAUAAAUAGGAGAAAUUUCUCUCAAGUGGCAUUGAAUUACAGUUUUUAAAGUAUCAUCAAUCCGAAGGAUAUUUACUGCUUGGAACAACUUGGCUGGUAGCAAGUAGAGUGUUUGUUUGGAUUUACUGGAAAAGAAAUUGUGUUGUGUCAAGCAAGCUAAGGGAAGCUGCUCAGCUGAGUGAAAUUUCAAGUGUUUACAAGUGUUACUAGAAACCGGAGCCAAUCCGGAGGAAAGCCGUCAAAAUUUGUGUGAAACGAGCAAGAAGAAUGAAGGCCAUCACAGCGGUGUGUGCAACUGGCGCCUCAGUACCGGCGAUUGCCGGUGGCCGAGUGCAACGGCACCGGGAUGGUGAAAAUGCCGAGAUCCAGAUGUAUCUGUCGAAGCUGAAGGAUCUGGUUCCGUUUAUGCCGAAAAAUCGGAAGAUUUCGAAGCUGGAAGUCAUCCAGAACGUGAUCGACUACAUCUGUGACUUGCAGAACGCGCUGGAAUCGCAUCCGGCGGUGAAUACGUUCGAUCCGGUGCAGGCCCUGGCCAGUCAGCAGUGUCCGCUGGAACCGAUGGAAUCGAUGCCCGUUGGUCCCCGGCAACCGUUGGGUGUACGAUCGAGCCCGAACACUAUCCUGGCCAACGGUGUUCCCGCCAGUUCCGCUUCCAGCAGUCCCGCCAGUGGAACUAGCAGUACCAGUAGCAGUAACAGUGAGGCAGCCAACAUGAUCAAAGAAAUGUCGACGUGAAUGAUACUACUACUACUGGUCCCGCGCCCCCGUCACCGCCCGCUGGAACUUCCCAGCUCCGGCCGGUCUACUCGAUGAGGAGUUUGGAUGAUCUCAGCUUCGAACUGAAUAGAGAUGGGACUGUUUGUCGCCGGAUAUCGAACCGGAUAGGCUACACACUACCACCUAAAAAUGGGUUAGCUAACCUAAACCCCUAUUUUGCGGUGCCCCCCUCCCCCUUAUUUGAAUCAUGAGCCAACUAGCCGAAGCGAACGGAUUAUGUUAAUAAUUAUAUUAAUGUUCUGUGAUCUAUAGAAUAUGUUUUUUUUUUAAAAAAAGAAAAGAAGUUUAAUUGAACGGUCAUUCAACUGAUUUUUUUAACUAUCAUAACGAGAAGAACAAACCCCCGCCCUGUCCUGCUGCGCACUGGAAGCAAAAAGUCAACCAUCAUUUGUUUCCCCCAGCCUGCCCCGCUCGCUCGCAGGACUGCGGGGCCUGUACAAAGUGUAGAAUUUAAUUACAAUUAACUUACAAAUGAAAGAAGAAAAAAAAACAACAUACACUCGACGGAACAACUGAGAACAAACCAGACCGGGAAUGUGUUAUUUUUUUGCGUAAAUUAAUCGAGGACUUUAAAUUUUUGUUUUUUAGUUUUUAGUCAGAAAAAACGUAAACUUUAUUUAUGUACAUAGUAAACUAGAACAAAUUAUAUUUGUUCCCAACAACAAUAAUUUAUAAAGUAGCAAGACUUUAUCGAAUAAAAUCG